UCAAUAAGUAUUAUAUAAUAAUAGUUAAUAUUUAAAGGAAUUUUGCUGUGAUUUUGCUGUACAUUAUAGGUGUGUGAUAUCUACUAGAUAUAUGGCUAAACAACAAGUUGACGGACCUCCAAAUAAGAAGCAGAAAGUUGGUAGUUCUAGUACCUCAACUGAUAAUGAAGGUAUGUAAUACACAAACUUCGUACAAGUUUGUAGUUUUAAGUUGUUUUAUGGUUGUUUUGAGACGAGUUUCGUUCAGUCACUGUCGGCAUAUUAAUAUAAAGUUAACCCAGUCUUCCUGUUGAAGACUUCACAUAUUUGGCUAUUUGCGACGCUGUUGAGCGAAGCUCGUUUCAUCAUUCAUAUUUUUAAUCGAGAAUUUUUGUCAGCUGUUGACGACAGCAGACACGUUCUUGGACGAACUACAGGAAGAGUUGUUCGAGACUAGAAAUGGAGAGACAGAGGACAAUUAUAGUACGAAGUGACUAUUCGUACAGUCGUACUGGAACAGUACGCGAAGUUUGAUUUGUUCUUCAUACUGUACUGCAGUCGGAUUAUUCAAGAUAAACAGAUAUGGGGGUUUAUACCCCAACACCUAACCCUUCUCUAACCCUAACCAAUAAAUGUAUAAUAAACAAUUUGAGAGUUAAAAACUCCUUUUGACCACAUCCCAGUGUCGUCGUUCAGCACUGAACGAUUGGCAAGAAAUUUAAUAUCUUCGGUUCAGUGCACGCUAUGAAGACAGAAAUACCACCAUUCGAUUCAGAAAUAAAAGAUUCCUCCCUAUAGUUAUAGUCAUUAUCAACAUUGUAGCGAUUUAUGGGCCUUUGAAAGUCAAACACGAUCAGAUUGUUAGUAUCAAAUGACGCAAUUGUCUGAACAAAAAUAUAGACUAGCCGUACCUUUCGCCGAAAAUAACUUCGGCCUUUUCGAACAUAUCGUCUUUGUAAUAGCCUUGUUCGCAUCCUCAUCAAAAACACUAUUUAGAGUGUUAUUUGCAAGCCUGUAUCUUCAAAUCUGUAUCUUUUAUCAAUAUAUUUCCAUUUCUUGUCCGACUUUGAGUUCGAAGUGAGUUAAUCCCAACCGGAAAUACGACUGAAAACCGUCAAAACAAUGAGACGUUUGUGUCGUAUCAUCGUAUGACCUUGCGAAUGUCAGACAUGGAUUCUACAGGUCAAAUUGCACCUAUACGCGCGAGUUUGACGUCAUGAUCGUCAUUCCGGCCACAGGAGCUUCUAAUUGGCCAAUUAUUGUGCAAUGUACGCGAGUGCGAGUAAAACCCGGCAUCUUGAAAAAUUCAAAAUAAAUAUUUCUACUCGCCGUAUUCAAACGAAAUUUUGUACACGAAAGCGCUUGAAUACAAAGAGUAUUUACACAUAUAGCCGUUCAGACAAUGACGAAAAGUUCAAGAGAUAUUCAAGAUUUUCUGGAUAUGAACUUUAGAGGUCUUUAGAAUCUUUGGCCAAGCGGUGAGUAAAUCAUGAUUUUUUCUGUUUGUGUAAUGUUUUGAAGGCACUUGACCCCCCGUUCGACAGGUUAUUUUGUGAGGAUUUCAAUGGUGCCUUUUAUUUGAAAGGGGGAUAAAUACUCGCCGAGUAGAAAAAUUGUGUCGUAAUGUAAUGCGAAACCGGUAGGUUGAAAAAGAGUUAAAAAAGUCGGGGGGAAAUUUUUGAAAUAUAUUUUAAGAAACAUUUCUAAGUCAAACCACAGUGGCCCAGGCUCUGUGUGGGUAUUUAUUUAUUUUUUAAUGUUAUUAUAUUUUGCAUUAAACAUAAAGUAUAACUUAUUUAGUUUCCUUUAUGUGUUAAUAUGUGUGAUUUGGGGUGGUUUUAGUUUGAUAUAAUGAUAGAAAAACAUCCUGAGAAUGCAUUAUGAUAUACACAUUAUGAUGUACACGUAUUAUUGUAAAAUAUUGUAAAAAAUGUCUAAAUACGCUCUGAUUCAAAAUAUUGGUUGACUUACUUGUUUAUGUCAUUUACUUCACUCUUGACGAUUUUCAGGCCAUUUCGUUGAACCUGGCCUAUAUUGUCUAAUAUUACUAAGUAUGCAAAGGUGGGCUGCUAUAACGCCGGGCGAACUUGGGCAAGACAGCAUUUUCAACAAAACGCUUCUAAAGCCGCGGCUAUACAUAUCUAUCAGGCAUUCAGGGUUCGUAGAGGUCUUUGAAAUCCUUGAAAGUCUUUAAAUUUGAAUGCAGCUCUUUAAGUCUUUGAAAAGUCUUUCAAUUGUGUGGAAAAGCAAAGAAAGUCUUUAAAAGUCUUUAAAUUCUUUAGUGAGGAAUUGACUAAAUGAUUUCCUGCAUGGCUAAUAAAAUAGAUUGAUGGAAGCAAGAUUUUCACAAAUAUCGACGAAAAGGCGCAUUUUAGGAUGUGAAUUGACAGAAUUAAAAAAUAGUGCUACUCGCAAUUUUUCGACAGCAGAUUGCUCUCAAAUGUCUUUGAAAUCUCUUUGAAAAUAGGCAGAAAAAAUCUGUGAUAUAGUCUUUAAAUUUUUUUGGUCUUGGAGACUACGAACCCUGUCUAUGUUUAUUCAAGGAUAUACAUAGGGAGCUCAUUGCUGCCGAGCGAAGCGAAGGUAGCCACCUAUUCUUGACGACGUUUACAGUUUUUACUCGUGCCAGAUCUCCGCGCGACCUAUGUAUUUUAGCCAGAGCAAAUCUCAAUUUGUUUGUCGUUCGGGUCACAUUUUCUGACGUCACAGAAUGACGUUGUGUAAAAAUUUACAUACGCAGGAAGUGAACGAUGUCAAUCCGAUCACGUCCGAAAGCGUUUUCGGUGUGCCGUAGCUUCAUAGGAGCUAUGACAUUUAAUUUUGACAUGACCAUUUGGCAUAUCACUUAUUCAUUUUCCAUUGUACGAAUGCACGAGGCUUUAUUUUACAAUAUUACCAUUUGAUUUUGGAGGAAAAGAGUUAUAUUUUUGAAGGUAUGUUGAUAAAAAUAGUUAUUUGAACGUUUGAAUACUUAUAUAUGUAAAUGAACGUGAUAGUCUGUUUUUAAUACAUUUAUAUAAAAAUUCGAAUUCUAUCUCCUCUAGGUGUAUAUUUUGGUGUGUGUUUGUGGCGAUCAUUUGGUCAAAUCAAAUCAAAAGGGGCCGUUCAUAUUAUGUUUUUCAAAAAAGCAGUGAAUUGUGAACUCGCUGUACCUGUACCAAACUUGCUAGGGAUGUGUGAACUCGCUAUAUUUUAUACUUUAUACUUUAUACUAGCGAAGUGUGAUCUCGGCAUCUCGCUAGCUGGGCAAUCGUUGACGUUGGCAAUAAAUAAAGUUGUAUACUGAGAAUGUCAAAAGAUCAAGCCAACAAGGUAUUGUAUAUCAAAUUUUACAAAUAUAUAGGUUGUAUGUCAAUUAGAAAAUUGUCAAUAAAAAUAGUUAUAUAUUACACUAAAAUGAUUAUUAAUAUUGUUAUUAUGGGAAUAUGAUAUGCAGACAUGCUGUAAAACCCUGCAUAUUAAAAGAACCAAUGAAUUUUGACUUCAGGCUGAAGUGGUUCUUUAAUCUUUAUAUAUAAUCUUGCUUCACACUGACUAUACUUUUUUUUAUAUUUUACACAUUAAAUAGGGACUGUUGUUACAUAAAUGUAUUGCUAUGACACUAAUAUGGUUCUUGUUGCAUAUAUCUAACCUUUAAAAAAAAUUUAAAACUUGUAUUUUGGGUGCUUAAUUGCCCAAACUUCAGGCCUAGUGGUUCUUUAUAACUUACUGGUUCUUUUAUGCGGGUCAUAGACCUUAUGCAUAAUGACGUCUCAAGGCUUGGUGCCUGCGAGGAAUGCUGGUCUUAGUAGUCAUCACUGUCCAGGAAAAUUUCCAUUUUGAAUUGUUUAAUUCUCCCGGGCGAUGACCAGCAUUCCUUGCGGGCAUCACACCUUGUGACAUCAUUAUGCAUAAGGUUAAAUGAGCAGUAUGAUGUCCGAAUUAGAAGACACAAUUGUAUACAAAUGAAAAAUUAUCUGAGUAACUUCUUUUCGAUAAUGCUCACAAUUUCUUUCUUAUUAUAUAGUUUUUGCAGUUCUGACUGAGUGCAAUCUUAGUCAUUUAUACAAUGAAUGGUGUCAUACGAAGCUGACAUAUUAAACAAGAAUGUCAACAAAAUAGAUUUUGUGUCCCCCACUGGCCGAUUGUUCAGGGAUGGCCUUGAAGAUGCCAUUAAAAUGAUAAUUGGGACAAAAACUGACUUACUGGUAGUAUUUCUAUGUAUGAAAUUGUUAUUAAAUUCUACAUAUCCAAUGAUUCAUUCAAGUAUUAUUAUCAUUUGCUAUAUAUGAUAUUGUACAGUAUUCGGUGGCAAGCUAGCCAUGACAACUGGUCAUGAUAUGCUAAUAAACCUGCAUCUAUUUGAAUAAUGCAAAUCAUUAAAAACUUGCAUAGCAUGACCUGUAGACUUUUGCAAAGUCCUUCAUCUUUGUUUAGGAAGAAUUUUCAGGAAGUAAUUUCUUGAAGAGUAAGGAAUUUGUGGAAGUCAAUACAAUUAGAAUAUUUAGCUGAGCUUCGAUUUUGUGCAAAGUGUUUUCAUAUUCAGAUUGCACUUUUCCUACCUCCUGAACAGGUGUCUUAGGGGUGCUUUAUGUGCUUAUGUGAUGGAAGGGAGGAGAGGCAGCACUUUCCUUUCCUAGUUAAUAUUCUAUUUUGUGGCUAUCGAUUGCGAUCUGACAUCCACUAUCGGAGAAAAAUGCGAGCCUAUACUCGCCAAAGCACAGGCGCCCCAGCGAGUAAUUAAAAAAUAAAUAAAUACCCACACACAGCCUGGGCCACCUGUGGUUAAGCAGGACUAUUACUAGGCUAUCAUAUUUAAUAUAUACUUGUGAAACCAAGCUUGUGUACAACGAGUGAGCCAGAAACUUCAAACUCGAAUGAAAGCUGUACCAUUUGAAAUCUGAGAGUGACUUUGAAGGUUGAUUACUAAGUUUCCACUAAAAUUUAAGUUUGGGAAUUUUGAGAAAACCUUGCACAUUUCAUCACAGCAAGUUUUCGAACUGGUCACCGACAAGGAAAGACUAGGGUGCAGAACUUUGUUUGAAUUCUUAACAUAUAGUUUAAGCCGGUUUUCCACUAGGCGGAAUUUUGCGCGCGGAGCGGAAUUUCUCUUUAUCUUGUGAUUUCUCUGGUGGAACUAAUUAGAAAAGAUAAAGAAAAAUUCCGCUCUGCGCGCAAAAUUCCGCCUUGUGGAAAACAGGCUUAAGCCUGCUUUUCACUAGGCGGAAUUUCGCGAGCGGAGCGGAAUUUUUCGUUGUCUUUUCUAAUUAGUUACACCCGAGAAAUCACAAGACAAAGAAAAAUUCCGCUCUGCGCGCAAAAUUCCGCCUAGUGGAAAACAGGCUUUAAGACUGAAUACUUUGAUAGUGUUGGACAGCAAUGUGUUGUAGAGGCUAUUGUGGCAACAAAAAAUAAAAACUUGUCAAACAAAAUUUGCUGUACGUACACACGGUCAAUGCGCAAAUAAGACUUGCCAUACGAAAACUUGCUUUAGGGUGUACCUUCCCUUACCACACCUACUUUCGGCUCUUAGUCUAGGACUCUAGGCAGAUACAUAUUGAUCAGGAAGUCGAAUGUUGAAAUUGGACCUCACAGAACUAACAUGAUUAAAUAGUACCUGCAGUGGUGUCAUGUAACGAUGAGUCGAAGUAAAUGUACUUUGUUACUGUACUUGAGUACUAUUUUUGAGAAGUCAGCAUGAAACAAAAUAAACUUUUUCCGGAGUACUUUUACUUGGAACGAAGCCGUUUUAAGAAGUAAUGUUUUACUUCGUUAUUUUUAUUUUGUGGCGAAGUAUUUCGUUAAUACUUUCUAUUAAAGUUUGGUUAAUUUUACUUGAUUUAUUCUUGAUUUAUUUUAAUUUUGGGAUAGGUAAUAGGACUUCCACAUGCCGACAUGCGUCUGGGAUCUCUCGUUUGUGGCUUACUUAUAAGCAUUAUUUAUUUAAUGGAUUUCUUCAACGGGGUCUGGAAAGUAGAUCAUACCGUGAAGUAUUCUACUGUAUAUUAGGUGCACGCAUAUAAUGCGUGUGCUGUUUUGUGUCUUUUGUAUGUCAAUCCAUUCGGGAGAAGUCCCCCCCCCCCUACAGACUAUAGACAGUAGUACUUUUACUUUUACUUUGUAGUUCAAGUAUUUUUUAAGGAUACUUUGUACUUUUUACUUAAUUAUGUUUUGCCUCCAGUACUUUUUACUCUUACUUGAUUCGUUUUAUUGUUAAUUAUUUCUACUUUUACUCGAGUACAAAUUCAAAGUAAUUUAGGCACCACUGAGUUCCUGAGUGUAUAUUUUGCAGUGGACAAGAUUCCUGAAGGAGCUAGAGGGCCUAAAGAAUGGCAUCAGCAGGUUACAGCAGAUUUAAGAAACCAUCUUGUACAGAAACUGUAAGUGUACAAACUUCGCUGUUUUAAAAACUUUGAAAACUAUUGUCAAAUGCUCUGUACAUUGUUCUUUCCCUUAUAACUAGCCUGUUCUACUGAUGAUGGAAUGUCGAGUGCAUGGCGGACUGGUUGUCGGAUGUCUAGCCAACUAUUGCAUAGAACCUCUUACCUGAUUUGCCUUAAAUUUCAACCAUCACCCUGGAAUUUAUUUCAUCUUUGCUUAAAAUAAAUGCACACCAGUUACUAUAAACAUUUUUCUGAUUUUUUCGCAAGAAUAUCCAUUUUGUGACAAAUGGACAUGUAUCCCAACCUCGUACCCAGUGGCGGAAAUUCACUUUUUCCGGUGGGGGGGGGGGCGAAGCCUUCUAAAUUUCCGACAAAUCUUUCAAAUUCCCGACACCCCCCCCCCCAUUUGCACUCGAAAAGACUUUUUUUAGCCCUUUUAUAGGUCAAAAUUUCCGAAAACUCGUCAUUUUCCACAAUGGUGGGGCGGGGGGGAGGCGCAUGUAUCCAUGUAGCCAGGGUUUGCACGUAUCCCUGACGGCUGAUGCCUUAAAUUAAGUGUCUGUGUCAAAAUGAACUUCUGCAGAAAUGAACGAAAGCGACAACUAAAUGUACAAAGUUUCAGCUAAAAAUGUAUGCUAUAGGAAUGCUGUAAGUACACAUGCAUACUUAUAGCAUACAUAUGCAUAGUAUGAGAUAAUGAGAAUACUGCAAAAUAGAAAGUUUUCGAACAUUUUGCAUAAUGUACGUCAUGCUGAAAUGCUGUGUUAGGAAAUUUUUAGUCUCAUAUUCUUAUUUCGCACUUUGAUACAGCUUUUUGUUUUACGAGAACAUGGUCACCCAACCACAACCUCAUACCCAGGCUCUCUUCUCUACACUCCUUGCUAAAGAGCCUGGGUACGAGGUUGAUCCAACCUGUUAUCACAAACGAUAGGGCUUAACCAAAAAAUGGAUAGGUUAACUAAAUCUAACCAAAAAAUUUAUAGGUUAACCCAUUGAGCCGGAAUGUGCCCCAGUUUCCCCUACUUAAUUUUUUUGCUUGAAUGUCUAACGUCAGACAAUAUUACUUGUCAAUGGGGAAGCUCUCCUGCUUAAUGGGUUAAAACAUUACUGAUUACUCUAUACAUGCACUUCUAAAUCUUUAUUUUUCCAUGAAUUUAUAACGUUUAACCAUUGGCAAGAGAAUAGCUAGAACAAAAAUUUUGAAGUGAUUUUUGACAUUAACUAUCAUCUAAAAACCAAAAACAGGCUACAAAUGCCUGUACAGUAUAGGGGGACGAUUUUUAUUAGAAAUUUCAUUGCUUUUUUCUGUCGUUUUAGCGCGUGUUUUUUUUCCAAAACAAGAAUUUCAUCCAUUAGUUCUUAUACUGGAGUAAACAAGCUUAGCUGACUACCAUUUGAUGAAACCACAGACUGGACAAAAAGAUGACAACGCUUGAAAUGUCAAAAUUUCCAUAUUUGUAAAAUUAUUCUUUCAGCCGCCUACUGUUCUUCUCACCACAGACGCUUGCUUAAAAUAAUUUUGAAAGUUCUGGCAACUGGUCGUGUCCAUUGUGGUGGACAUUUUCAGAAAGAACGAAUAUAAUGUUUACAUUUUUAGUUGAAUACUGUCUCUAUUUACUACAGGUAUUCUACCUUACAGUCCUUACUCUUCUAUAUUUCUAGUGUUACUGCUAUUUUCCCAACUGCAGUCAAUGACCCCAGAGCUCUCAAAGACAGACGAAUGACAAAUCUAGUUGCAUAUGCAAGGAAGGUGGAAGGUGAUAUGUAUGACACAGCGAGCAGUAGGGUGAGUUUUGUUACGAUUCUCUCUUUUUGUGCUUUUGGUUAUAGUCUGGAUCCAUACAGGUAUUUCAGUACAGAAAGACUUGGAAUUUCUUAUGUAACACAAGUGUCUUUUGUUCCGUACUGUAUCGAAAACACGCAGAACAUAGGCGAUUCCUACGUACAAGAUGGCAAAUUUGGCCGUUUUGCAUGUACUCGUUACGUUCAGUUUUUUAUGUGUUAAUCUAGUCUUUAUUGUCGCAGUUUUUACCGUUUUGCAAUUGCAUGUGACGUUUUUAGAGAGAUUAAGGUGGCUCAAUACAGUUUUCAAAAAAUGGAAAAUUCGCGAUUUAGAUGCGUAUUUUUGGACAAUUAUUACUUGUUGAUAAACAAAAAGUACCUUACUUAAAUAAAACAUCAUCUAAAGACUUACGCAACUGCCGUUGCUAUGGCAACAAUGACGUUUCAAGAUGGCGGAUAUUUUGGCUUUAAAGUAAUUUAACUCGUAAACGACAUCGGUUACCCCAAAAUUUUAUUUUAAAAAAUGAUUUCUCUUAAUAUAAUCAAUUUUUUUGACAAUUUAAAAAAAUUCUGUAGAGCCGAACUCAAAAAUUACGUAAAGGUGAUUAUUCAUAAUUUUUUUUUUGGCUCCAUUGAAUUUUUUUAAAUUGUCAAAAUAAUUUAUUAUACUAAGAGAAAUAAUUUUUUAAAAUAAAAUUUGGGGGUCACCGAUGUCGUUUACGAGUUAAAUUACUUUGAAGCCAAAAUAUCCGCCAUCUUGAAACGUCAUUGUUGCCAUAGCAACGGCAGUUGCGUAACUUUUGUACAAAAAUUCAAACUCUUUAGAUGUUGUUUUAUAUAGGUGUAAGGUACUCUUUGUUUAUCAGCAAGUACUAAUAGUCCAAAAAUACGCAUCUAAAUUUAAAAUCGUGAAUUUUCCAAUUUUUAAAAAACUGUAUUGAGCCACCUUAAGCAAGCGACGUUUUUUGACAACACGUACAGUAUACCAACCGGAAAUCAUCCGCGCCGUUAUAGAUGGCGAGUGAUGGCGUCAUGAGUUUUUGCUUGAGAAAUCAAGAACGGAAAAUGGACAACGCAUGCAGUAGCCUGCUCACAGAAGUUGUAGUUCUUACGCCAAGCGACGAAAUACUACCGUCUGCUUACCCGAGCGCCAAACUGAAUUCCGCUACAUCGACCAAUCAGAAUUUACCUUCCAAAUUCUGGAAAGUGACGUCAGUUGAUUUAGGAGCGGAAUAAAUAUAAAUAUAUAUUUUAAAAGCAGUCGUCGGUUGAAUUUUGGUCAAAAUUGCACAUAAAUUGAAUUUAAAGAUACUGAUACUUGUCCAGGUAAUAAAAUGCACCAUUAAUGAUCAGAUUUGGAUAUUAAAGAUGUUCGGUUAUAUUUAAAACGCGGACAGGAUUGGCAUAUUAUUUAGGGAAGCCUCACAUAUCGAGUUUUUCCACGAGAAACGUCAUAUGUUCGUUUGGGGGUGGGGUGGGUUGGCAGCUGUGACGUUCCUCUGUAAACAUCAUGGAAAAAAUCGAUAGUUUUUAUCUUUGCAGAGUAUAAAAAAGAAAAAAAAUUGAUACAAACAGCAGUCUAUAUAUAUUCGUAAUACCAUACCUGUUCUAUACCUAUACAUUUAUAUUAUUACGCCUUCUUUGCAUUUGAAAACACUCAAAUUUCAAGAAAUACGCGCUAAAAUUAUCAAUAUUUCAUGCAAAAAAAAGUUGUUUUGAGAAACGUUGGAAAUUUUGAAGUUCACAUAUAUAUUAAUAAAAAAAGAGUAUGUCAGCAGAAGAUGACAUAUUCCUCGCGGAAGCAUCGCCAAUAGCCGACCGACAAAGUAGUAGAAAAUUACCUUAUGUGUACUAUAAGAACAAAAUAUCGAUAACUAUGUGUGACGUUUCUAAGGGGGGGUGAGGGGGGGUCUCCAGAGAAACGAACAUAUGACGUUUCUCAUGGACAAAAUCGAUAUGUCAGGCUUCCCUUAAUAUACUGUAUGAAUCUUAGCCAGACAGCAUCGAAUGCCGAAUAUAUUUCGCUGAAAUUUUAACGGUUUAUCUUUAUAAGACAACAGAACUCGGAAGACAGAAAAUUUUAUAUAAUACUGGGGCUUAGAAAGCGAAAUAUUAGCUUCAAAGUAAACUAAUUUGCUGUUUGUGCAACCACUUCUGAAUGUAAACUGUAAACACAGUACAAACCCGAGAAACUUGUAUUAAAAUUGCGCCGUGAUGAAUUUUCCAAUUCGCCCAAACUUCGAAACGUUUAUACUCUAACUUGGCUAUACUUUUCUACAUGACAAUGAGAGCUUAAUCUUUUAGAAGUUUUCGUCGAAGUCAUGGCAUAUAAGAAGUAUCAAGAGCAACAUUUGGACAUAUCCUGAUAUACUCGAGUCCCGAUUGAUUGUUUGUCGUUGUUAACAAAAAUUUAAAUUUCGCUUACUGCAUUGCUUUAGCACUUUAUAUACACCGAUUGUUUGCUGAACAUGCGAGAAGAUGAUCACAAUAUUAUUCUACGUAAACAUCGUGAAGUUCAACGCUAUAGUUUCCAAAAUAUAUCCACGCAAGUAAACAAAUUUCAAGUUUCACCCAAACAAUAUAUUCCAAUGCAUGUGCAAGGGCUUUCCCCAGUAGCUAAUCUCUCAAUAAGGCGGCUUCCAAUUGGCUCUAACUUUUUUGAACACUGCCAGAUAAUUGGCUCCUAAAACAAAGGGAAUUGAAUAUGCAGCUCGGGUAAGCAGACGGUAGUAUUUCGUCGCUUGGCGUAAGAACUACAGCGUCUGUGAGCAGGCUACGCAUGCAGCGGUGUUUUUGAAAGCUACGUUUACACGCUGCGAUUAAUCGUGUACAAUUCCUUUUCUGGCGUAUGUCAUUGAGUAAACACGCAUAAGCUGGCUACAUUUGAAAUCUCUUUUUAACGAAACGGCAAUGAAUUAUUGCGCCAGCACUCAUUUUAAUACGCCAGAAUACGAAUCAUACACGAUUAAUCGUAGCGUGUAAACGUAGCUUAAAACAUCGUCAUCAAAUUCAACACCCUGAAUAUGUGAUCUUGUAAUCUUGUCAGUUUCCAGAGCCUGAAACAACGUUCAAAAUUUGUCCGGAAAAAUGUACCACCAAAAUAAAAUGUGAUCGGAAACGUUUAAAUUUGGUUGGACAUUUUUUCGAUUCCAUUUUGAUUUCAUGCCUUUGUUGGGUGAUCUACGCCAGUAUUUAAAUAAUAUUUUAAUGUCUUUGCGGGUGAUUACCUGCAGUUUAUGGUUCACACAGCCUAGCUUUCAAGAAGGUUGAUUGCUAUUUUAUGUCAGGACAGAAUGUCCAACCAAUUUAGCAUUUGCCGUCGGAAAACUGUGAAAUUUUCGGAAAUGUCCGACCGUGAUGUUUGGCUUUGGUUUGUCUAUUCAGUUUGUACUGUAUAUAACACGUUAUGUUUCUCGUGGGUGUUUUUUAUCACAGGAGGAGUACUAUCAUUUGUUAGCUGAGAAAACUUAUAACAUUCAAAAAGAACUUGAAAAAAGACGGCGGAGACGGUCGAUGGCGGUUGUUCGUUAUGUGAACAAUCCAGGCGUUCCACACCCCGCAUCACAAGGUGCUUAGACAAAGUUGUGACCUGUUAAGGCCUGUUUACACUUGCAAUUUUUGCUGCGAUUUCUGGUGCGAUUUUCUUCUUCUGAUGCAUGUGAACGAGUGGAUGAACUAUGACUGCUCUGAGUAUAGUACCCUCAUCUGAACAUUCAUAACUCAUCCACUCGUUCACAUCCAUCAGAAGAAGAAAAUCGCACCAGAAAUCGCAGCAAAAAUUGCAAGUGUAAACGGGCCUUUACAUGUUGGGAAGACGUAAGGGGUUGAUUAUACGAAGGCCGGAUAGCGCUAUCCACCGGAUAGUGAUUUUUUCAACCGUUACAAAAAAAAUGCUUAAAAAGCUAUAACAUUACGGAUAUAUGGACGUCACAAUUAAUAGAGAGAAACUUUAAAUUAAGGCCUGUUUACAGUUGCCAUUUUCACUACGAUUUCAACGGCGAUUUUUUGAAAUCUCCAAUGUAAACACCCUGCGAUUUUGACGGCAACUUUGCUGCGACAACACUGCAAUUUGCAGCGAUUUUUCCAUUUCACUGGCUUGUAAACUGAGCUAAAUUUUCAAUACUUGACUCAAGCUUACAAGCAGUACAAAGAUUCUGUAUUCUAUAGGUUGUUUACGGCCGUUUUCUUACAAGUGAUUGGCUGUAGAAAAAAAUUCCCGACUGCAUGCUAGCUGUUCGUUGGAAUCGUCGCCUAUUUCAAUUUAUUCUAUAAAAAUACAGCGUAUAAAAGCCAAGACUUAUGAGUUAGGCUAUGUCCUGCAAAAUGAGUCUGAAACUAAAAACUAGACCUCUAGAGUGAAUAAAGCAUGGUUAUAAGAACUGUGUUUAACGAAUAGAAACACCAGUUUUUGUUCUAAAGACCAAAAUGAACUCAGUAAAUAUUUAUAGUAUUGCUGUACUUCGUUUUUAUCUCGGUUUUUAUGUUGUUAUUGCGCUAUUUUCUCUUGAUACCAUAUCGAAAACAAGUAAUUUCCCUAUUCACGUAUGUUAUUGAUAGUUAACUGCAUUUAUAGCAUAGACUUACCUGAACAAUAUUGCUUUUAAAAACAGCGUGAAAGUGAAGAUUGAAUUUAUGUUGGUUGGCUUUGAUAAAGCCUUUGUUGAAGGUGACAAUGCCUGCCGUUGAGGGGCAAGCAUAGCGUAGUCGUAUUUUGUUCACAUCUUUUUGAAAAAUCGCAGCGAGUUGCGAAAAAUUCGAUUACGAUCGAAAUUAAUAUUUGUAGCUUGUCGCAGUGAAGUUGCACUGGAAUUGCAUUUAAAUCGCAGGGUGUUUUAUACAUUGCAUGGCGAUGAAAUGUCGCCAUCAUGUCACCAGAAAAAUUCGCACUUAAAAUCGCAGCAAAAAUUGCAAGUGUAAACAGGCUUUUAAAUUGUAAACUUUUAAUUAAAAUAUACUGUAGGUUGGACAAUUUUAGGAAGCUUGAAAGAAUCUCUAUCCGGUGGACUCCUGCAGAUCGUUCCAGUGCGUCUCCAGUAAGUGGGGCCACUUAGUCUUAGAAAACACUAUACAAUCGCAAUGCAGAACAAAGAUAGAGAAAAUUACCAAACGGCGCAUUGGCCAAUCAGCAUUAGGCUAAAAACAAUGUUAACAAAUAAGCGAAUGUCAAACGGUAAAAAUAGUGACUUGAAGUUACUGGCUUCCUGAAGCGAACUCCAUGCUUUCGUUUGAUUGGACGAGCUGUAGUUUGAUUAGAUUUCUAUUCUUGUUCUGCAAUCUGGUUUGUUAGUGUUCUCUAAGUGGCCCCACUUACUGCAGACGCACUGUAAAAUUAUAACAGUAGAAUAGUGAUGUUAAUUCGCAAUCAUAAAUAGUGUUUUUAGCCCGAGUCAGACUCGAGCUUAAAGCAGGUUUUCCACUUGCGAAUUUUUUCGCGCGAAGCGAAUUUUUCAUUUGUCUUUGGUCUCUCAACUGGAACCAUUUAGAACUAAUUGUAUAAAGGCAAAAGAAAAAUUCGCUUCGCGCGAAAAAAUUCGCAAGUGGAAAACCGGCUUAACGAUAAUCUGAUGUCUAGUGAUUGGCGAUUUUCAGUUUAUUGAUAAAUUAUUGUAUCGAUUGGUUAAAUAAUUAAGUGCUUGAUUGUUUAUUUAAUGAUUGAUUAACCGAUUGAUGAUAUUGAUUGUUGUCGGGUUUUUCCUGGAAACUCACGUUUUCCCCGAAUACAUAUACCAUACUGGGACCGGUUGUGUUAGUUACAGGUAACUAUAUGUGGCUUAAAGUGGUAAGGUCUGUUAACUUUUGCGCUAUUAGAGAGGUUAAGAUACCCCGGUUUGCGUGUACGAGUAUCGCCAUUUUGUUUACCAAUUUUUGCUGACGUCAGCAUUUUUACCCGCGGUAAACCAUCAUGGUCUACACGUAAAAGACAAACGGGUACGCGUGUUUUCUGUUUACUAUUUGUGGGCUGUUCAAAAAUUUUUAACAUCUUAGCCAAAUAAAUAGUGCACAUAUGGUCGUCAAAGUGUUCAACAAUUUGUGGCGAACCUGAACAGCGAAAGUUACCAUUCUCUGAUCGGUUUCUCACGUCGGAAUAUCUUGAAUUUCUUAAGUUACAAGUCGUUCCCCGAUUUACGGGUACGCGUACGUGUAUAUCACCCGUACCCGUAAACCGGAACCGGGGUAUCUUAGCCUCUCUAUUGCUUGUUCCCGCAUACCUUAAAGAGGCUGUCAAGUCCGUUCUGCUCAUGCGCGUGUUUUGUUUACAUUUUUGUUUCAAACAAUAGAUAAUUUAAUUAAAAUUUGUUUGAAACAGAAAUGUAAACAAAACACGCGCAUGCGCAGAACGGACUUGACAGCCUCUUUAAAUCUUCAGUUUUGGGGAUUUAAUUUAUUCAAAUCUGGCAUAAAUUCGUUCGCAUUAUCAAAAUUUGAGACCAUUCUAAAAAUCUUUUGCUAUGUUACUCAUUCGACAACUAAAAUAUUGCGUCGAUUAUAGACAUUAUACAUUGUUUUUAUAGCUUUUGUUUGUCCCAACAUUCGAAAUAUAUGUGACUUUGAAUCAUGUGCUAUGGUGGGUUGUUAAUCGUGGCGGAACUGGAAUUUUAUAUUUUCCUGGUCACAACAAUCUUGGACAUAAAAAAUGUUAAAAUUUACCCAAACGUUAACAAUGUAUACAUAUUUAUGACGAGUUUUGAAAGGUUUGAAUGAAUUUCAUACAUGCGCAGUGUUUCGGUAUAUUUAUACAACCGGUCCCUGUAGAUUAGAAAAUAUGGUUUUAGCUGUAAAAAUAUUAUGUAAUUGUAAUGUAAUGCAUGAUGGUGUAAUGAAUGCAGUGUAUAAAGGCAGUAUGAAUAAACAUGGCAUGGUUCGACAUUCGGUUACAUUAAGACAUUUUCUUGACAAUGGACUGAAAAAACGAAAUUUUCCCAUUGAUAAUUACCGACUGCAACCGACUGUAUGACUAAGUAAACAGGGCUUGCGGAAAAGGUUUGGCGCUAGUCGUCAAAUUAAUGGCCAUUUUCAGAUAAAAAUUCCAAAUUUAUGUUGCACUUGACGAGUCAGUGUUUUCCGUCCCGGCAAAAUGACAAAAAUAAGGAGCGCAAGCUCGUUGUAAGAUCCGAAAUUCUGUGGACAUUUCUCUCCUGUAGAAAGACAGCCUUUAAUUCUUGCUGCCUUUUCCGCUAUUCAGACGAAUCUUGAAAACACCGUCUGAAAUUAUAGUCAAACUAUAAUAUACGCUUGUUUGUUUAUUUAUUAUACAUAAUAUAGUUCUGUUUAUUCAUUAUACAUAUAAUAUGUUCUCCCAUAGUAGGUAUUACUAUUUAAUUAACAAGUUUCAAUUAUUUUAUUACUAUUUAGGCGACUAGUUGUAUUAGUAUGAUUUCAGUAUUGAAAGAUAAAUACAGCUAAUACAACACGUGUUUAUUUUAUGAAUAUAAUAAUUAUUUUGCAUAAAUAAUUUACUUCUAUCUGAUUUCGGCCAUUUUCUGG